AUGCCCUUACAAUAUGAUCCUGAAUGGCUCGCCCUGGCAGGCCCCAAACUAGAAGCGCAGAAAGAAGUCCUGCCAGUGCAUGAUGUGACAACAAGGAGAGUCCGAUACGAGCAGCUCUUCGUUGGCUCUACGUAUACCGUCCCGGAAGAUAUUGAGCUGAAAGUGUACAAAGCACCAGCAUCCGGCGGUCACGAGCUUGCGAUAUAUCACCUCUCAAAGAAAGGCGCAUACACUCUCUCCGAACGUACACCGGCUGUUUUGCACAUUCACGCUGGAGGAUUCAUAUCUGUGCGCGCGAGCCAUGUCUUGCGUUCUCUCGUGCCCUUUGUUUCCCAGUCUGGCAUACCCAUUUUCUCGGUCGACUACCGGUGGGCUCCCGAAAAUCCUUUCCCAACGCCGGUGGAAGAUUGCUGGACUGGACUGCUAUACCUUCGGUCUCAGGCAGAAAAGUUGGGCAUCGACGUCAACCGAAUCGCCGUCAUGGGGGAGAGUGCAGGAGGAGGUCUGGCCGCCGGGCUAACUCUGCUUGCCAGAGCCCGGAACUUCUCGCCACCGUUGGCGAAACAGAUCCUAAUAUAUCCCAUGCUGGACGACCGGACCGUGACAGACCAUUCGGAAGGCCUGGCCGUCUUUAGUAUUAACGAUGUCCUCACGGGCUGGGCAGCCUAUCUCGGUGAGGCCUACGGCACGGACAACGUAUCACCGCUUGCCUCGCCUGCUCGAGUCGAUGAUGUGACGGGGCUUCCACCACUGUAUCUGGACGUGGGUCAGCUGGAUAUAUUCCUCCACGAGGACCUUGCAUACGCCCAAAAAUUCCUGGCGUCCGGGAUUCAGACGGAGCUGCACGUGUAUCCAGGCGUUAUUCAUGCGUUCCAGCGGUGGGGUGCCGCCUCGCAUGUGGUAAAGCAGGCCUUUACAAACAGACUCAGAGCUAUCACCACUCUCUGA